CACCCCGCCCCCGGUAUGGCUCUGCCGCUCCCCACCCGCGGGCCUCGACACGGACACCGACACCCACGCGCUGGGCCCGACCCCGUCGUGAGUUGUGGUCGCCUUCGACAGAUUCAGAGCAUCCUGAUGCAAAGCAGCAAAUCUCAACCUGAUGGAAUCCUCUGCAUUUUAGGAAUUGAUAGCCGAUACAAUGAAGGCUGCAGGGAGCUGGCAAACUAUCUUCUUUUUGGAUUAUAUAAUCAGAAUAAUAAUGACUUUGAAAGAACUGGGUUUCCUGAAGAAGUUCUUGAUGAUGUAAUCAUAUUAGUAAAGCCUGACAGUGUCCAUCUAUAUUGUAAUCCUGUGAACUACAGCUAUCUUUUGCCAUAUGUGGCACACUGGAGAAAUUUGCAUUUUCACUGCUUGACUGAAAAUGAGUACGAAGAUGAAGAAGCUGCAGAAGAAUUCAAAAUUGCCAGUUUUGUAGAUAUGGUUCGUGACUGUAGUCGAAUUGGUAUUCCUUACAGCUCUCAAGGGCAUCUCCAGAUAUUUGAUAUGUUCAUUGUAGAAAAGUGGCCAAUAGUACAGGCUUUUGCACUGGAAGGAAUUGGUGGCGAUGGCUUCUUUACCAUGAAGUAUGAGUUAAUGGAUGUCAGUAUUGAUCUGUGGAAAACAUACAGCAAAAUGGAUCUUGUUUCCCUGGAGGACUUGAUUUUUGAGGAUUUAACAUCUUUUGAACACCAGUGGACCUGCUUUUUUGCUGGUUUUGAUACUGAAAUUCCUUUCAUCUUGGAACUCUCCGAAUCUCAGGCGGGGGAGCCAUUCAGGAGUUAUUUCAGUCACGGAAUGAUUUCAAGCCAUAUAACAGACAACAGCCCUAGCAGACAACCUUUUGUGCUGUUUGGUAGCCACUCAACUAAAGAGAACCUAAACUCUGGGAACUUCAAUUUUCCAUCAGAGGGGCAUCUAGUUCGAAACACAGGCCUGGGUGGAAGCACUGCCAAGCACAUGGUAGUGCAGUGUGUGUCACCAAAAGGACCUCUGGCUUGUUCAAGGACCUAUUUUUUUGGAACCACUCAUGUUCCUUAUCUGGGGAAUGACAAUGAGAUGCACAAGAAAGCUGAGCAAGUUAUGCUCUUGUCCCAAAUAUAUGCUGCAGUGCUAAAAGCUGUACUUGCUAGCAUUGAAUGUUAUGCUAAAACGUCCAGUGAAAUCAAGGCAAGGGAAACAGCAGAAGAGAAUCUUCUAUCCAUGCUAGAUUUGUUUAAUUUAACACAAUUUAAAACUGCAUUAUGUUCCAAGAUAGCUUUUCAGAUUCAAGCCGUGAAUAAUCAUGGAAGAAUUAUUCCAUUGGACAAUGAGGAUAGCCUUUAUCUGGUUAAAACUGCGGCUAUGACCAUAUAUGACAUCCCAGAUUUGCUAGGCGGAAGGGGAUGCUUGGGAUCUGUAGCCUUUUCAGAAUCAUUUCUAACAACCCAAAUAUGUGUGAAAGAGAAAGAUGGCAGUAUUAAUACAGAAACCAACUACAUCAUUUUGACUGCAGCAAUCCCAAGAUAUGCUUCUUGGUUGGUUGAAGAUAGUGAUGUGAAACUGUCUGAAAGAGCACAGCAAAUUGUGAAGGAAGAUGAAUCCUUCCUGGGUACUUUUCUCACAGGAGGUGAUGGAGGAUAUAUUUAUUCUAGCAAUCCAGAGACCAUGCCUGAGGAAGGUAAAUUAUACUUCUUUUCAGACGGCGUUCUGUUUUCUCAUCCCCACCACGGCAGCAUUACCAUUUCAAAGAAUGACAUGAAUUCUAUUAAUUUCUAUGAUGGGGACUCUACCAGUGUUGUUGCUGCUCUUUUUAUAGACUUCAAAAGUUCCUUGCUGGCCCAUCUACCAGUUGAGUUCCAUACUCCAAGCAACUUUCUAAUGAUAGCACUUUUCCCCAAAACAAAGAUUUAUAAAGCUUUUUACUCGCAGGUUUUCUCCUCCUGGCAACAAAGGACAAACUCAGGAUUAUCUUUAAGAGUUGUCCAGGAAGAAUUCUUAUCGGUGGAACAGAAGAGAUUAUAUUCCAAGAUGCAGAAGCUAUUUAAUGCAUUGUCCUAUCCUGCUGGGGAAAGAGGAAGCCAGCUAAAAAUAUCUGCUAACCUCCCAGAGCUAGAGCAGUUUCUGCAACAUUUUGGAAUCAGCAGUACAAGUUGUGAGCCAGUAAUGAGAGCACACCUUCCUACUUUACUGCAAGAGUCGGAAAUCAUUCCUGUAAGCAAAGCAGAAAAUGAUAAGGUGAUUGUGACCAUCUUAACAGGCCUUCCAGGAUGUCGUUGCAGUGAUCUCUGUUCUUUUCUGGUUACUUUUAACAAGGAGUGUGGAAGGUGGAUCAUUUAUCGGCAAACUUUGGACAGCCCUGAGUGCUUCAGUGCAGCCCACUUCCAGCGUUACCUCUCCAGUGUCCUUGAGUCCCAGCAGAACCGCAGUGCCCGUCAGGCUGCUUAUGCUAGAAAGAAAAUGAGGCUGUUGGUGGUCUUACAAGGAUAUACAGAUGUGAUUGAUGUCGUACAGGCCCUGCAGACGCACCCUACUCCUGAGGUGAAGUCCUCUUUCAUCAUUGGGACAAUUAAUACUUGCGUGGAACCUCUUAGCUGCUAUAUGGAACAUAGAUUUCUUUUUCCUAAGUUCCUGGACCAGUGUUCACAAGGACUAGUGAGCAAUGUAGUCUUCACAAGUCACACUGCUGAACAGAGACACCCACUUCUUGUACAAAUGCAGAGCCUUAUCCGAGCUGCAAACCCCAUGGUUUCAUUUAUCCUGGCAGAAAAUGGAGUUGUAACAAGGAAUGAGGACAUUAAGCUAAUUCUCUCAGAAAGCAGUUUUUCUAAUCCUCAGAUGAUGAGAGCUCGGUAUCUAAUGUAUCCUGGCUGGUAUGAAGGGAAAUUUGGAUCUGGGUCUGUGUUCCCACCAAUGGUUCAAAUCUGCGUGUGGUUUAGCCGUCCUCUGGAAAAAACCCGCUUUGUAACGAAAUGUAAAGCGAUCAAGUCUUCACUUAAGCCAAGCCCUUUUUCUGGGAACAUAUACCACAUUUUGGGCAAAGUUAAAUUUUCAGAUUCUGAUAAACUGAUUGAAGUCUGUCACAACACAUCAUCUAACUCACUAAGCCUUGUACCUGUUCAGGAGGGGCCAACCCCUCCUGAUUCAAGAAAUGAUAACAGAGAUUGCAGCGGCCAGCAGGAAUGCUUCCUUGUGUUCGUCGGCUGCUCUCUCAAGGAAGAGGAUAUGAAAGACUGGCUCAGAGAAACUGCAAAGCAGAAACCUCAGAGGAAAGCCCUGAAAACCAGAGGAAUGCUGACUUUGCAGGAGAUAAAAAACAUUCAUGUGAAACGCCAUCUGGAUCCGCUUCCAGCUGGUUACUUUUACAACGGAACGCAGUUUGUGAAUUUCUUUGGGGACAAGAUGGAUUACCAUCCUCUGAUGGACCAGUUCAUGAAUGACUACUUGGAAGAAGCAAACCGAGAAAUAGAGAAGUACAACAGAGAGCUGGAAGAGCAGGAAUAUGACGACCUCUUUGAGAUGAAGAUCUAAAUAUGUGUGUUUUGAAUUUCUGAACUACCAAGCGACUGUCAGUAACCAAAAAAUGCUGUUGUCCUUCCUGGUUAACAAGAAAAUCAAAAGUGAAGUGUCAGUUUUCAACCAUCCUUCGAAAUAGAAGAGUUUGUUCCUGUGAGGUUGGCAUUUUUAAUCUGGUAACUGCUAAGUUAUUUGUACUGUCUGGUUCGUUUCCACUUCACCUGUGUGCCAGAUCAUAAAAAGUAUCACCUGGAAUCUCUCCAGCUAGUUGUGCAAAAAUACUGUGUACUUAAGCAAAAAUGAAUUUCCCAAGAGGCUGAAGCCUGAUCAUGAAACUGGUCUGCUGUAUUGAUAAUCAAACCCGUAGCUUGGUUCUUUAAAUGUCCUAUAAAAUGUUUAGCACAGAUUUUGCAAACAUGCCGAUAAAUGCAAAAAGGGCCAACAUGGAUGUGCACUUGAAACAUGUCAGUGUGUGGGAUUGGGGGGUGUUCCUAAAGCGAGAAAUGGGGGAACACUGGAAAGGCUCUGAAGAGAGCUCCCGAUCGUACUGCUGUCUUUGGCUGUCCUGUGAAAUCCCUGCAAUGUCUGAAUGCGCAGAUAGUGAUUUGAUCUUCUAUAAUGAGAUGUCAGUACAUUUCGGUGAAAAAAAGAUCAGUGGAGAUGCUUUGCGUUCUCCCCUGCCACUAUCGUGAGGUGUUGUGUAAAAUGCAUUACAGGCAAGAUGCUGUAAUCUGGGACCUGCCAUUGCUAAAGGGUUUUCUUGUACGCUUUACUCUAGCAGCAACCGCCAAGCAGAAUAUGCCAGGGGAUGAGUCAGGUAUCUUUUAGCUGAAGAGAGAGAGGAAUGACAGCAGAGGAAUAAUUAUUUCCAAAGGUGAAACAAUAGCAAAAGAUAGGAAAUAAUUCCAUUUCAGGCUUGGAAGUACCUUUGUAUGUGAAGCUUU